ACCAACCCUGUACAUUUUCUACUAUUGAAAACAUGGAGGUCACAGGAGCUACACAGAUACCCGCCAUCUCGGAACUUGCCGCGAAGGCACAGAAGGCUUUCGUUGACAAAUUUGGAUGUGAGCCCCAGUGUGCGGCUUAUGCCCCGGGGAGGGUCAACCUUAUUGGGGAACACACCGACUACAACGAGGGAUUUGUAUUCCCCAUGGCACUUCCACAAGUAACUGUUUUAGUUGGAAGAAAGUCAGAAGGAAACCUCUGUCGUGUCCUUACUCUUGCCGACUCUGUUGAUGCCCCCAACUAUGUAGAAUUCCCUGUUCCCUCAGCUGAGACCCCCUUAAAACCUGGCACACCAAAGUGGGCAAACUAUGUCAAAGGGGUUGUGGCAAACUACAAAGGAACUGUUGUUCCAUUUGAUGCGGUUGUGAUCUCCUCAGUUCCUCUCGGAGGGGGAGUGUCUAGCUCCGCCUCCUUAGAAGUAGCUACCUAUACAUUUCUGGACGUCCUCACUAAUAGUGGAUCAGACAUUUCUAAGAAAGACAAGGCACUUGCUUGUCAGAAAGCAGAACAUGAGUUUGCUGGGAUGCCCUGUGGAAUUAUGGACCAAUUCAUCUCUGUCAUGGGACAAGAAGGUCAUGCUCUUCUUAUAGAUUGCAGGUCAAUGGAGGGCCAACUGGUUCCAAUGAAUGACCCAAAUGUGGUUGUCUUGGUAACAAAUUCAAAUGUCAAGCAUGAAUUAACUGGUUCAGAAUAUCCCACAAGAAAGAAGCAAUGUGAAGUGGCAGCCCAGCUGAUGAACAAGAAAAGCCUUAGGGAGGCCACUAUGAAGGAUUUAGAAGAAAUGAAAAGUAAACUUGAUGAUGUGACAUAUAAGAGAGCGCGUCAUGUGAUAGGGGAGAUAAUUCGCACUGAAGAGGCAGCUAAGUGUUUGGAGCUCGGAGAUUACACCAGAUUUGGAAAACUCAUGGUGGAGAGUCACAAUGCACUGCGAGAUGACUAUGAGGUGUCUUGUCCAGAGCUAGAUGAGCUGGUUUCAGCAGCCAUGGAGGUAGAUGGUGUGUAUGGAUCUAGAAUGACGGGGGGUGGAUUCGGGGGGUGCACUGUUACUCUACUGAAGAAGGAGGCAGUGGAGAAGGCUAUUCAACAUAUACAGAAGCGCUACAGUCAGACGGCGACAUUCUAUGUGUGUCCUCCAGCAUCAGGAGCCGGCCCCCUGGCCUUAGUUUGAGGUUGUUUAUCGUUCGACUCUCCAUCGGGAGAUUCCUCAGUUCAUCAACUUGAGCAGGAAUUAUUUAUUUUUACAGAAAAUUUGGGUGACAUUGUUAAUUUAGCCAUUGUGUAUUCAUUUAUACAACUUCUUGUGUUAUUUCCUGAAUCUCGUAUGUGUAAAUUUGUAGGCUAUAUUUAUGUACAUGUAUUUUGAUCUAUAUUCAAAAGUCAGGCAUGAUAUAUCCUGCAGUGACUUUAUAUCACAAGUAAAGAUAAACAUUGGAUCAAAAAUAUUCAAACAUUCUAAUUUUCAUUGAAAUAAGUACCGGUAAUUUUUAUUGUACCUGUGUGUACACAUAUAUUUUUAUUUUUAUUUACAAAUUCUUACUCAGGUUAAAGAAAUUUAUGUACUGGUAACUUAAUGUUAUAAAAUGUAGUGGUUUUUCUGCAUAUUGGACUUCCACACAAUAUGUUUGUCUUUCAUCUUAUUGUUAAAAAUGUUCCUAAUGUUAAGAAUCUCUUAAUUAAUGUAUACAUUUUAGAAUGUGUUACUUUACAUUUUAUAGAAACCUAGAUUGUAUUUGAGGGAUCCUGUUUUUGGCUGAACAAUAAAAUCAUGCAAAAUAUG